AUAGAGCAGUCGGGCUAUAGUUUCAUCCCGGUGCUCUUCCCAUUCAUUUCCAUGUUUCUCAAUGGCAUCGGAGAGUCAUCUGUUUAUUAUGUUGGGAUACCGUUCCUCGAUGACAGUGUCGAUAAAAAGAGUUCACCCAUGUAUAUAAUGGAAACUGGUAUCACUGAUCAGAGAGACCCACGUUGGAUAGGAGCAUGGUGGCUAGGAUUCGUAAUAUUGGGCACUCUCAUAUGCAUAUGUGCUCUACCAAUGCUACUUUUCCCUGCUGAGUUUAAGAAUAAAUCUGUGGUUAAUUCGGAAACCGAUAAGAUAUCACAGUUUACUACUAAAACACACAAAAAGCAAGAGUUAAGUCUGAGUAAACGUCUGUUACGUUUAGCCAAAAAUCCCAUUUACGUGUCGUACACAUUGGGCUCUAUAUUCCAUUGGUUUGCAGUUUUGGGAUUUUACACAUUCAAACCCAAGUAUCUCGAGUCCCAGUAUAAAAAGUCUGCCUCAACCGCCAACCUAUUGUCCGGUAUUGUGGGCACUAUACCGGCAGCAAUUGGUUUUUUACUAGGGGGAGCAUAUCUAACAUUUCUUCAGCCGGGUCCCCGACAGUUGACAUCAUUUAUUACCAUUGUUGAAAUCCUGGGCACAAUGGGCUACGUGUCCGCCUUUUUUCUAGGCUGUCCGCCCACACCAUUCGCCGCACUUCCUAAAGAUAACGCCAAUGAUAUGUAA